GCAGUUCGAAUUGAUGACGUAGGAGCCAUUAUCGGAGCCGGGAAAGUCCCCAAGUAUGACGUGGCAGGGGAAGUGUCUCCAGGGGGAAGACGGAACGACAUCGCGCGUGGGUGGAUAUGUUAUGUUGCGGAUGAAUUCGAAAAAGGCGGCAGUAAUAAUCGUUUCAAUCGUAAUAACUAUUGGAUUUGUAGCGGCUAUUCUUGUAUGUAUACCAAACGUUAAUACAGUCGACGUCACCAAGACACUACCAAAUAACGAUCGCAUACCGAACGUAGCUGAAGGUGACGUCACGACGACACUACCAAAUAAGUGGGUAUUCCCCUGUAUUGACCCCAUCUUUAACCUCACUCAAAUAUUUCCAACAAAAUUGACGAGACUUUGGUUUUCCUCGAACUAUGAUGUAGAAGGGAGCCAUAAGAUGGAGCCAGAGAGCGGUGGGGAGGAAACAAUAAAAAUGGGCGAAGCUAGCCAUUGUUACGUCACUGAGGACAGUUACCUUAACCUUUCGUGUGAUUGGUGGGUUAUGGAGGGUCUUACUCCGUUAUAUUCGCUCAAGAAACCUCGUAAAUAUAUGGAGUGCGUGGGGAUGAGGGCUCCUGCCGAGGCAGAGGAAACCGCUGUAAUGUUGGGUCACAUGGGUGGCGACAACCAAUCAGAGGCUGUUAUUCUGUCACCUGUUCUAGAAGGGACAACAAUGGGUAUUAUCGUUCGAUUCUGGAUUCUUAUUAAUUGUCCAGAUGCUUUGGUGCAGGUGUUUGUGAUGUCAUGGUCAUCAAAGGGAGAUAUCCGUAUAAAUAGUAGUUGUGACAUCAUAAUCAACCAAACAAUGGAAUGGAUCGAAGUCGUUCAACUUGUUCAAGUUUCAACAUUGUUUGAUCGACACAGGGUUGGAAUAAUAGGCAUUGUGACAUCUUCACACAACUGUAGUCACCCAUGCAUGACAUCGUCACGACAACAAGUAGACGAAGGGGUUGCGUUAAAUAAAAUACAUGCAGAGUUAAUUUACCCACAAUGCAAUGCUGGACGUCAAAAAUCGAACUUAAGUUGUUCCUUUCACACGAGGUCAGCAAACACCUCACAUUCGACAACAUGUGAUUGGUCGCUGCAUAAUGAUGACAUGAUUGAGCAUAUGGAUGAUAUAUCCGAUUACCAUGAUAUCCCUCCAUCCGACCACGGGCUUGUGAUAUACUUUGAUGCAGCAAGGGUUGAACAAAAGUUUGAGGUUUCCACCCCAUGGUUGCUACCACCCAACUCGUGCUCUUGUCUCAUCCAUUUUAAAUACCUGUUCACAGAUGAAAUGCAACCUCGUGUUUCUGUGCGUCUUUACCAUAAAGACGACCAACAUAGAAAUCAUAGAUUGAUAAUAUGGUCAUCCAGAAGAGGGCGUCAUAACAUGUGGCACGAAGCGAGGGUCCCAAUAAAUUUGUUGCGAGGGGAUCAGUUUAAGAUCGUAAUCGAAGUUGACGAGAAAGAAGAUUCACGACAAACAGUGCUGGUUGAUGAUGUCACAAUGGAUAAUUGUGAUUUACAAAUAUUGGAUUGAAGCCACAACAACAACAACAACAUUGGUAUCAUUUGUGUUACAGCACAUUGCACCUCACAUUGUGGAUUGCUCGCACAUUAUCAUUUAAAUACACAAUGCACACAUAUAUA